UUGGGGCAUCACUUGAGGGACUUUACCAUUUUACACUGACUUACACGGAGAGCUUUACUACUUCCAGAAUGAAAGCUGUUCUCUUUCUUGUUUUCGGCCUUUUGGCCGUGGCAAAUGGCAAAAUUUUCACCCGAUGUGAUUUGGCACAGAAGCUCAAGGCUUCAGGAAUGGAUGGAUAUAAAGGGUACAGUCUGGCAAACUGGGUCUGUAUGGCUAAAUGGGAGUCAGACUACAACACUGCAGCCACCCACAAAAACCCUCAUGGAUCAACGGAUUAUGGCAUUUUCCAGAUUAACAGUCGCUGGUGGUGCAAUGACUUUAAAACCUCUCGUGCCAAGAAUGGCUGUGGCAUCAAUUGUAACCAACUGCUGACUGACAACAUUGACGUUGCCAUCAAGUGUGCCAAGCUUAUGGUCAGCCACCCCAAAGGGAUGGCAGCCUGGGUGGCCUGGCGGAAUCACUGCCGGGGUGGCGACCUGAGGCAGUACACUGCAGGCUGUGGGGUCUGAAUCAAAACGCCCAGGAGCCAGAACAUGCCCGUCGUGGGACUACUUGCUGAUACUGAAGAUGAAUAUUUUCUUCAAACCACUUAUGGGGCCACUGUAUGGAAAUGAUCAGACUUUCUUAAACAUAUUUGAACAGUCACUGUCCCUUUGAACAAUAAUAUAUCGAUAAAGAGUGAGGGUAACAUGUUUAUCCAGUGGGUGGCAGUAAUAGGCCAUGGUGUAUGUAACCUAGCAACAGCAAUCAAGAAUACAUGAAUGAUUCAUCCCAUGGUGAAGUAUGGCUUAUCAAAGAUUUUUUUUUUAAAUGGUGCUCUGAUCUUUCCACCUCACUGCUUUCUAAUACUUAAUUUUUCCCAAAAUACAUUAAAAAAUGUUAAUCUUACUGGAUUCAGCUGACUUUAGGUUUAUUUUGGUUUCAUUAUAAAACAAUCACAGUGAACAAUCCAUUUAAUGUGUCCCAUUGCAUACUUCAUACUCUUUAAUCUUGUCACAUUUACUCAAGUGUCAUGACAGCUACAUUUUAUAAUGAAUAAUUUAACUGGCAA